AUGGAGAAGAAUGCGAUAAGUCUACGGGAAGAGGUUAAAUCCUCUGAUUGUUUGUUGAACAAGUCUAUCAUUUCUGUGGCUUCCAAAUACCUCGCCUUGGAUCGGCCUGACUGUUCUCACUACUUUCUCGCUUUUGGUAUUAAGGUAAGCCAAUGGUGUGUAAAACAUUUAAACAUGUCUGUAAUGUCGAUGGAGGAGUCUCAAGAGGAAGAGCAUUCCAACGUUUUCUUUCAGCUUCUUUUGGAUUAUCUUCGCUUUUCUGCCUCAAGCUUUACUGCUAUUGGAAAAAUAUGUUUUACGAGAGAUGAGACCUCAACUUUGUCAGUUCGUAAGUUUGUUUCAGAGCACCUGAAUUUGACAAGGGAGGUGAUAUCGAAUGCCAAGAGAGUUGAAUCCUUCUCCUCGGAAAUUUUCAAGGCUGCACAAGUGGUGAUAGACUCUGUUGUUCGUCUCUGCAAAGAGUUCUCCCCAAUAGUGAGUCGAGACAUGAAUGAAAUGAUGACUAAUGGUAAUGUAGAGCGAGCAAGGACGGAGGAAGGCAGCAGCACUGUGUGUAAUUUGGUAAGCAUAAUUACACUGGGAGUUACAUCGCUGAGUGAAUUGGGAAUGCUUGCUGCAAGAGAUGGUGGUAAUCUUGUGACGAUUCUUAAUACAUCAUGGAAGGGCGUGAUUACGUUACUUCAGAUAGACAAGCAGGCGUUGGCAUCUAAGGUAGAUGUAGGAGAAAUCAUUUUAAAGCUGAUAUCUCUGAUCAAGGAGUCUCUGAGAUUUGCUGCUGAGGCUUGGUCUUGCUCAGGGAAGGAAACCAUAUCUGCAACAGAAGCCAGAAGGGUUUUUCUUCCUGUGAAAUUCUAUCUUAUCAAUGCUGUUAAACUUGUGGCGCUGUUUCCAAGCCAGUCGUCUAUGGUGUUCAAGGAUAUAGCACUCUGCAUUUUGAUGAUAUCUGCUUUCAAAGUUUCACUGAGCCAACAAACACAUGGCAAACAUGCGUGUGAAGUAAUGACUGAUCUUCUAGAGAAAACAGCUGUAGAUCUUCUAAGUGCACUGUUGAACGCAGGUGAAAUAACACAAGAAUUCAAGCUCACACUUAUUGAUUCAUUGUUCGUAGAUGAACAAUGUUUCUCAACCCAAGUUUGUAAGAAACAGGGACAUGAUAUGCAGACAAAAACAAUAUUGGUGGAUAUCUUGUCUUUAUCUGUUGAAUCGGGUACAAGUGCCAGGGUUUUGCUCCUCGUUCGAGUUGUAUUUUUUCAGUGUGUGAUGAGGUAUUCUUCUGAGCUUGAAGAAGAUGCAAAGCUUGCAAUCACCAGAAAGCUGCAAUGGCUUCUCGACAUAUUAACAGAAGAAGAGGUUUACUCUUCCGUCCUAUCUUCUCAGCUACCAAUGGCAGAUGGUUCUGGAAAGACUAUAAUCUGGGAAUCGAUGUUUUCAGCUCUGCUUCUAUCUCUCAAAACCGUUAUGAUCAAUCUGUCUUCAUCUCCUGCCUGGGAAGAGCUUGAAACAUUCUUACUCCAGAAUCUCUUGCAUCCCCACUUCUUGUGUUGGCAGAUAGUUAUGGAACUCUGGUGCUUCUGGGUUCGUCAUGCUACUGAGGAUACGGUGGCCAAUAUGAUCGAUAAGCUUUGUGUAUUCAUGAUGUCAAUGUCAACAUCAGAAACGCCGCUUUGUCCUGAUUCCGUUCUCAGAAGAACUGCAAAGUCCGUCUGCUUUCUUCUCACUCACAGCCUCAAAUCUUUAACAGCUCGAGUUUACAAAAACAUUUCCACUGAGAGCAGAUCCGAAUCUGCACCAGAUGCAUAUCUAGCCUUUCUGUUAGAGGGGUUUCCGCUGAAUUUUCUUCCAGACAGAACAAAAGAGGACACAGUGAAACAGAUAGUCGCAGAUUUCAUCCACUUCAUUGAGAAUUUCAGUGAAAAACCAUUAGAAUCCUCCAGAUACACUGUGCACGGAGCUCCAGUUUUCGCACUAUCUGCCUGCCUUGGGAUACUAAAGACGCGCAUGACAGAGAUUGACUCCAAAACUCUGAAAUUUGUCGUUGCUCUCAUUCAGAAGCUCAGAAACUCCAAAGACGAAAAGACAAGGGAUUGUCACACUGAGAUUCUCAGCGAAACACUAUCAAUCAUCUCAAGAAGCGAGCAGCUAUACACUUGCCAAGAGAUGGACAGUGUCAUAACAGAGCUUCAAAGACUCUUCGUUUCGGAAACUAAUAAGCAUCAUCAUCUCAAUAAAUCAGAACCGAGCCUUGCUCUCUUCUUGUCAGAACUUAACAACUACGAAAUGUCUGGAACUGAAACCUCUCCAAAGAGCAGGGCGGUAUGGGAACUCUACCAUCUGCUUCUCAGGAAACGCCACUGGGCUUUGGUACACCACGCGGUUACAGCGUUUGGGUACUUCUGUGCGCGUACGAGCUGUAGCCAGCUAUGGAUAUUCGUACCUGAAGACGCUGCUCUAGCUUUCGACAUAGCUUCCGGAAAAGAAGCCAAAACAGACCGGUUCAUGUCGGAAUUAAAGAUGUUCGUGGAUAAAGAACAAGCGCUUCUCUCAACCACUCCUUCACAUGAGGAACUCGAGUUACUUUCUAAAGAAGGCAUGGAGGUUAAAGCAACAGUGCAUAAGAUACAAAAAGAAAGAAAGCGGCAGAGGUCAGUGGAGGCAGAGAAACGACCAAACAAGAGAAGGAAACUUCCCGAAGAGAUUUGCAGAGGAAUGGAGUUAUUGCAAAAAAGAGUGAAGAAGAUAAACGAAGGUUUACGCGAGCUGAGAUCUGAUGAGAGUGAAGAGUUUCACAAGAGUUUACAGAAUCAGUUUUAGUGUCUUGAAGAUUUGGUGUCUCAUUUGGUAAAUCUUGCUGCUUCCGAAUAA